UGCAAUAAAAAUAAUAGACAAAACAAGGUUAGACCCAAGCAAUCUGGAGAAGAUUUAUAGAGAAGUUCAGAUAAUGAAGCUUUUGAAUCAUCCCCAUAUUAUCAAGCUCUAUCAGGUUAUGGAGACAAAGGAUAUGCUUUACAUUGUUACUGAGUUUGCAAAGAAUGGAGAAAUGUUUGAUCAUCUGACCUCCAAUGGGCACUUAAGUGAAAGUGAAGCACGGAAGAAGUUCUGGCAGAUUCUUUCAGCGGUGGAAUAUUGUCACAGCCACCACAUAGUGCACAGGGAUCUCAAAACAGAGAACCUUCUGCUAGAUGCUAACAUGAAUAUCAAGUUAGCAGACUUUGGUUUUGGAAACUUCUACAAGUCUGGAGAGCCCCUCUCCACUUGGUGUGGAAGCCCACCCUAUGCAGCUCCAGAAGUUUUUGAAGGGAAAGAAUAUGAAGGACCUCACCUUGAUAUAUGGAGCCUUGGGGUGGUGCUGUAUGUCCUUGUCUGUGGUUCUCUGCCUUUUGAUGGACCCAAUUUACCAACUCUGAGGCAAAGAGUGCUGGAGGGGCGGUUCCGCAUCCCUUACUUCAUGUCCGAAGACUGUGAAACACUAAUCCGACGGAUGUUGGUUGUGGACCCAACGAAGCGAAUAACCAUUUCCCAAAUAAAGCAGCACAAGUGGAUGCAAGCUGACCCAUCUCUUCAACAGCAGCAGUCUUUGUCCUUCUCCAUGCAAAACUACAACUCCAACCUGGGUGACUACAAUGAACAGGUCCUUGGGAUCAUGCAAACACUUGGCAUCGACAGGCAGAGAACUGUUGAGUCUCUGCAAAACAGCAGCUACAACCAUUUUGCUGCAAUUUAUUACCUGCUCUUGGAGCGCCUCAAGGAGUAUCGAAGCAGCCAGCUAUCGAGUCGUCCAGCAACUGGCCGUCAGCAAAGGCCAAGGAGCUCUGAGAUCAGCAAUGUUGAGAUGCCUCAGGACAGUCUCACUACUGAAACCCUGCGAUCAUCUCUGCUUUACCAGCAACCUCAGAGCCUGAUUCAGCCAUCCUUGCAGGCAGAAAUGGACUGUGACAUGAGCAAUCCGUUACAGCCUGUGUUCUUCCCUGUGGAUCCCAACUUCAAUGGGCUCUUCCGGAACCGUUCCAUCUCCCCCAACAGCCUGCUGGAGACCACCAUUAGUGAAGAAGUAAGGCAAGAGAAGGAGCUGGAAGAUGAAAUUAAGGCAUAUGACCACCCCAUCCGCAUCCCUAGCAACACCAGCAGGAGGCACACACUGGCCGAAGUGACCACUCACUUCUAUCAGCACGCCCCUCCAUGUAUAGUCAUUUCCUCCUCUGCAAGCCCCACAGAGGGAACUAGUUCAGACAGCUGCCUUACUUCAUCUUCAAAUGACAGCUCAGUGGCCCUGAGCAGCUGUUUGGCAGGUCAAGUAAUGACGGGGAGCCCAGCCACAGCUAGGAUGACGUCGCCCUUUCUAGCUUCCCAGUCUGACGCUCCGGUGUUACAAGCCCAGGGCUGCAUGGGAGGUGCUUCUCUCCUCCCUGUCAGCUUCCAAGAAGGAAGGCGAGCAUCUGAUACCUCAUUAACUCAAGGCUUGAAGGCUUUUAGGCAGCAGCUGCGGAAGAACGCUCGAACCAAGGGGUUUCUCGGCUUGAAUAAAAUCAAAGGCUUUGCUCGGCAGGUGUGUCAGUCCUCCUCAUCUCGGGCAGCAAGGAGUGCCAUGAGUGCUUUCCAACACACACAGCCGAACACCUGCAUGUACAGCAGCAGCGGGAGUGGCAGAGAGGGAAGAAGCCUCCUGGAGGAGGUGCUACAGCAGCAGAGAAUGCUCCAGCUCCAGCAUCACCAGCUUCUCCAGACAGCUUGUCCCCAGAGUUCUCAGACAUCUGUGACAAACGGCGUCCCCUCCUCUGAUAGUGUAGGUACCGGCAAAGCAUCCAAUUCUCUUCUGUUGUCAGAGCUACAAAGAGAGAACUCAUUUGAGCUGGCCUUUGCUGGCAACAGCCAACUGCUCCAACCUCAUUUCUUUGGUGUCAGCGUGUCACCGGUGUCGUCAGCAGCUCACCUUCUAGACACGCACCUGUACAUCAGCAGCAACGUCUCUCCAGUCGGCACCACCUUCUCUCAGCAACAGAGUUUCUCUGCACAGUCUCCGAGCUAUGAUGCUGUCUCUCUGCAGCAUGGGGACUGUGAGAUGGAGGACCUGACUUCCAACCAGUUAGGGAAGUUUGUUCUGGUCAAAUGAGAGCCCCGGCUGCUGUAGCUCACGCUGCUCUUGUUGCGAAGAACUUUUCACCGCUGUUCCAUGGCAUGUGUGGGUCCAUGGCUGGCUGGUGUCAUGUGGACAAGUGACUCUCAGAAGCAAUAAAUUUCGAAGUAUGUGAAGACGCCAUCUGGCUCAGAAAGCUAGCAACUUUAUAGAACUGAAACAAGCAAUAUGUAUGUCUUUUUGCUUCUACUAUUCUUGCACUGAACAAAUACGACUAGAAACUGAGGGUUUUUUAAAGGAAAAAUAAUGAUGGGGAAGAUGGGUGGGGCAUUUGUGGGGACAGGGAGGGAUGUGGUUGGGGAAGAACUCUUCGGUACUGUACUCAAGUCAGACCAAUACAGCUCUGCUGUUAUGCAAGGUUAGCAGCUGUCAGUAGUGGUGACACAGCAGGGAGAGGCUUUUCAAAGAAGGGACCAGAGCCUCCCUUUUUCACAAUAUUCAUUUAUGGGUUUGUGAAGAUGAUUACCUCUUUUAAAAAAAAUAAACAGAAAACCAGUGGCAUGCAGCAUUAUGCAUUCAUAGAAGACAAAAAUGGAAGCAUUGCCAUUUGUUGUUGCUUUUUUUUUUUUCUCUCCUGUUAACACUCAUUUUAUUUAAAGGCACCAACAUCCCCAUGCCACACCUCCCAGAUACGUAUACUUUAAAUGAAAACUGUGAACUUCUUGCUUGAUACAUCAGCUGGAAAAGCUUAGAAAAAGCCCCUUCUAAUUAGUACAGAAGCAAGUAAUCUGUUGAAAAUGUAUCCCUUGAUAAUCAGGAUCCAAACUGCAUAACGUCUGCUCUUUUGCAGGGAUGUUUGUUUGGGGGGGGGGGGGUGGUGUGUGUGUAUGUGCAUACAUACACGUGUGCACACAAUGCAUCUAUUUUGUGGGUCUGAAUAAUCUGUAGGAAUCUUUUUAUAAACACUAAGUUUUUUCGUGUUCUUGCAGAGGCACUGAGGAGGGAAGCGUUAGUACCGGUGGGGUGAUGGGAAGGCUUUUCUUUUUAAAAAGCCCUCCUGGAGGUUGCCUACGAAGUUGCCUGAGGGGUAUUUCUUAGUGCUGCACGUUGUUAUUUCCGCUGCUAAUUAUGUUUUUAUGCAUUUCAUUAUCAGGGUCCAAACAGAACUGACUCUUGGGGAAAUGUGCAAUAUUGUGGUUAUAAUUAUAUACUGACAAAGACAAAAGGAAUAGGCUAGAAGAGAAUUCUACUCUAACGGAGUACAGCUAUUUCUGAACAAAACUGUAUUAAAAGUGAGUGAAACAGCACAAUCUUUGGGUGUUUGUUUUUGGUUGGUUUGGUUUUGGCAUAUUAGCAAAAUGAGGUUUUGGAUUAGAUAGGAGUUUUUUCGUAUGGGUUUUUAAUGCUGUAUGUGUAUAUAAAUAGGAAGCAGAAAACUAUAUAACACUAGUUAUUUUUUUUAUAUUUUGUAAUAUGCUUACAUUAUGUUUCUGGUAUCAACCCCACUCCCCUCCCAAGGCAGAGUGUGACUUCUGCUGGCGUCAAUAGAAGUUACACUUAGGUAUAGAGGGGAGAACAGACUGCUCCUACGGGAAUGAGCAGGGUAGGGCCUGCAGACUUUGGAAGCAGGUGAGCAAACAGCGAGCCAGAUCGGCUGGAAGCUGCCAUCCGAAUGUCAGAAAAUUGCUGCGAUCUGUCUACAUGCUUAAAGGACCCAUCUCCCUGGUGUGACACAGGGUGCCUUCAAGUUACCUUGGCUUCAUGCAACCUGCAGUAUUAAGCAUUUGCAAAUAAUAUAGAUAACCUGUUUUUUGUUUGUUUAGGUUUGUUUUUUUUUUUAAAAAAAAAAAAAAAAAGAAAAAAGCCAAAGAUCGACCAGGUUAAUUGGUGGGAGUAGGAAGGGUUGAAGGUGGUGUGUGGCUCUGUCUGUGGCUCUCCAUAAACGACCUCUUUAUCUGUGUGUUGUAUCUGUGUGUCUCUAGCGGCGCGUCUCCAGCUUGCCACUGCUGCUACGUGGUCUGGAAGCUUCAAAGUGAGAGAAAAUGGCUAGAGUUGAAUUUCUGUUAAUGAGUGGUGCCUUGCAGCAGAGAAAACACCAAAGUCUCAUGCUCAUUUG